AUGGCAAAUCGUCGUAAAAUUAAUGCGGAAAUUAUUGAAAUAUACCAGCUAUACUUCGAUCAAAAUAUUAUUUGUGAUAUAAAAUGGGCUCCGUCUACUAUUUGUACUGGGUGCAUGGGAAAUUUGAGUCAAUGGAGAAAGGGUAAGAUCGACUCUAUGCCAUUUGGUAUUCCUGUAAUCUGGACAAAUCCGCAAGUUCACAAUCCGGAUGAAUGUUAUGUGUGCGUUAAUUUCAAACCCGGAACAAACAGAAAAAAGACACGUUCUAUGAAAUAUAUAGCAACAAAAUUUGUUGAGUUGCCAUUGCCGCACUCGGAAAAUGUUCCUGUACCGAAAAGACCGAGUCCAACAGCUGUAUCUAUAUCCACAAUAUCCGAAACAGUUGAAGGAGGAAGUAAUUUCGACUAUGUGCUAACAAAUGUCACUCCUGAUUGCGAUCAUACCGAAAUCACGCAGGAUCGUCUUGACAUUAUUGCACGGCGACUGAAGUUAUCGCAGCGACAGACAAUUCUCUUGGCUAAAGAGUUAAAAACGUUAAAUCUUUUAGCACCAGAUGCUCGCGUUUAUGGAUCCAUCGGCCAAAUACAGUCUACUCACUUUGGAGCAUCUAAAGGCCAACUUACCAUUCACGCAGGCGUCUUUUACUCGAAAAAUAAUGAUUUGCUACAGACUGGCACGUUCGCAACUGUAAGCAAUAAUCUUGACCAUCAGGCCCAUGCUGUUUGGGGUCACUUAAAGCCCAUUCUACAAAAACUUUUAAGUACAAAAGAAGGUGUUCAAACUCUACAUAUGUUUUCAGAUGGUCCUACGUCACAAUAUCGAAACCGUACAAACAUUUAUUUAUGGAUAAAAACUCUGAUAGAUCAUUUUCCAAAAAUUACAUCGGCAACUUGGACUUACAGCGAGCCUGGACACGGUAAAGGGCCUAUGGAUGGUGUAGGGGGCUUACUAAAGAAAAGAGCUGAUGAUUACGUUUUAAAAGGAAAAGAUGUUCAAACAGCUGCAGAUUUUAUCAAUUUGUUUGAAAAGUCAACGGUUUUAGUUCAAGAAGUUACCAACGACAAAAUCGUAGCUGUAAAGAACUCAGUGCCUAAAAAAUUGGAUGCCAUACCUGGUGUAAUGAAUGUAUCUAAGAUAACGUGGCAGAAAGCAUCGGACGUAUCGAUAUCGUUGUAUCAGCACGUGAAAUUUUUGAAGAAAGUAAAAUUGGAUACUUUUGCAAGGACUAUCCAAAAUAAAAAAGCAGAAGUUCCUAUAGACAUGGGCGUUUCACAAGAACUACUGUCUUUUAAAUUUAAUAGAGCAAGCAUUUACCAUGAUGUUUAUGGUUUCAGCAGUUCAGAUGAAAAUUUGCAAACGAUUUCGGACCGACUCUAUAAACGUGAUAACGAACUUCAUGCUGGUACAUCCUACGGCCAAGAUUUGGAGAAUACGACAACUCCCGGCGGCUUGGUACGGUCCGAAAGGGGAUUGGACCGUCCCAGGAGACGGAAAAGCCCGGAGCAGCCGGAGCUGCCGGAGUUUGAACGUUGGAGCUACCUAACUCCUUGCUUGGAAGACGGUAGACCCUCUCAGGUGGCGGAGGAGGCGUCCAAGUUUUCUGGUGGUUUGGAGCAGCGGGAACCAUGGAACUGGCUCCAGGAAAGCCAUAGGCCGGAUGAGCCAAUGGAGGAGGCAUCCAAUACCAAUAUGGACCCAGAGCAGCCAUCAUAG